AGAUCUAAACAUGUCCGAGCCUACCGAAAAACCACCCCCUGUUGUUCGCUUGGCGGGAGCAUCUCAUGGAAAGGGAGCCUCUAACCUAAGCUCACCUUACCUUCCGCCGUUCGUCAUCACCCAUUGACUUCCUCCGCUCGGCUCGAGUUUUUGGAGCUUCCUCCUCGAUUCUAUUUUUCUUCCUUCGCAUCCGCUCCUUCUGACAUCUUCAACGAGUCUCUUUUGUUAACCUUCCGCGAAACGCGACAACUCUACCUAUAAAUCCUCUUUGGCCUCUUCGAUAGCUUCAACAGCGCCAAGUAAUCCCUGCCCCUUUCGCAGAUUCUGUCCGUUAUCUCGAUCCAAACUCCGCCGCUGCAUGAUAAGCCACACCACCUUGAUAAUCACGACAACUCGAAGCUUCAUCUUCCACAUACAAUAAUACAAAACCUCAUUAACACCAUGAGCCCACGAACUCGACGACAGGCCGCAAAGGCCCAAAACCCUUCCUCUGAUUCCGAGCCUGAAGUUAGAUCCAACGGUAACGGGUCUGCCAACGGCGUCGCGGAUGCUUCGGACGAUGCCCCUCGCGAGAACAUCUUCCUUUUCAUCCCCAACAUUAUUGGCUACGCGCGCAUCGUCCUUGCUAUCGCGUCACUCUACUACAUGCCCCUCCAUCCUCGUACUUGCUCGUUCCUCUACAGCGUCUCAUGUCUCCUCGAUGCCCUUGAUGGCUACGCCGCGCGUAUCUACGAACAGUCCACUCGCUUCGGCGCUGUUCUUGAUAUGGUCACAGAUCGCUGUACUACAGCCUGUCUUAUUGUCUUCCUCUCCUCCGCCUUCCCUCGAUGGGCCAUUGUUUUCCAGGGCUUGAUUGCUCUUGACCUUGCCAGCCACUAUAUGCAUAUGUAUGCUACUCUCGUUGUCUCAGGCACCAACGCCAGUCACAAGAGCAUUGACGAGAGCAAGAACUGGCUAUUGCGCCUCUACUACACCAACAAGAAUGUCCUAUUCGCCCUUUGCGCUCUCAACGAGCUCUUCUUCAUCGCCCUCUACCUCCUCUGCUUCUCGUCUCCUCUCGUCUCGCCCUACCUCAUCAAGCCCAUCCAGACUGUUGGUGCCGAGCUUCAGGCUGGUGCUCAAGUCAACACUUCGAUCCUCGCCCAGAUCUUCCCCGACCCCUUCAGCCCUGCUGCUCUCGAGCUUGCACGUGCGAACAAGAUGGAUUCUACAGUACCUUGGAUAAUUGCCGGGGUUAGCUUUCCUUUUAUGUUCCUCAAGCAGUUCAUCAACUGCGUUCAGCUUUACAAUGCCAGUUUGGGCCUCGCCGAGAUCGAUCUCAAGACUCGCAGAGAGCAGGGUCUCCCCCGCCCCAAGCCCAAGGAAGCUUAAAUUUAACAAGCUUUCUUCUAAUGGUCUCCCUGAAAUUCGAUAAUAGCUCGAUGGGAUAGGACGACCAUUUUGUUAACUAUAUGAAAACUAGCAGAUUCUACCAGCUACCUUUUUUUGUGACUGAGAAAACGGCUUGUUUCAAGUUGUGUCUUUAGUCUGUUUCAACAUGCUCUGUCUUGCCAGGGAGCAAUCAAGUAGGGAUUAUUGGAGGGGAAUACUGAGGGUUUCCCCUUACUGCAUGACGCGGCGUAUGAGGUGCGGUUUUAAAGACUCUGACUCCGGAGGGGAUGAGACUUACUGGGUAAAAGUAUUGGAAGAAGCGGCGUCCUCGAAAGCAGUUGGAGGGAUAUCAUGGACUGCUGGAGGAGAUAAUCGUGGGAAUCUUUUGAAAGCUUUUUUCAUGGAAUCUAGCGGGUGCGUUUAGACCUCGUUAUACACUUUUCUUUUUAUUCAUGGUGGCCUCUUCCUUUUGUUUUAUUCUUGGCCUAUACUUUGUUAAUAGUAGACGAUGUCGAUACACUCGCUGGAACUGAGUAAGAUUCACAACAUAAUUCUUAUAAAAAAUGACUGAUACAUUAGUUGUUCCAUUUCUUUGAAGAGUAAAACAAGCAUGAGAAUACUGGUCAUGUGGUUCCCAAGGCUAAUGGGCACUUAUACGAGAAAUCACUAGGAUUGACCAGGGGUAUGGCCAUCGAUCGUCUCAAUUAAC